CCUGAGUCACCCUGGUGGGGUUCAGACUCGACAGAAAUGAGAAGACCUUUGUGUCGCCCCGGCCUUCCAAGAUUGAAUGACCCUUGGUGUCAAUAGAAGUGGCACUUGAGAAAGUUGGAUUUGAAGGAGGAACUAUGCGUCCUGUUCGACACUAUAGUCCAUUCUGUGAAAGCCAGGGUGUAAAGGUGUUCAUUCCAGCCUUGAUGUUUCAUUGCUCACGUGUGUCGAGGGACCUGAUCCAUUUAUGUCACCAAUAUUAGCAACAUCAACGCGCUGUCACAUGAUACUUGAGCCGCAGCAGUAACACUGAACCGCUUGUUCAGCUUGCUUCUCGAUGACCAUGUGUUGUGAGCAUGUGAUGAGUUCAUACAUGAAGUUAAAAUUUGUCUUACUAUCUGGUGAACAAGAGUGUUUGGCAAUGUGUUGUGGCCCGUUGAACAUGAGGCGGAAGAAGGCAUAUGAGGCCUCCAGAGGGGUGAAGGGUGAGGAUGUUCUGUUCUUAUUUUGUGACUUGAAGGUGUCAGUACUGUGGUGUUCAGAAGAAGAAGAUCAGCAAAGUUCUUUUGGAGAGAGCACCCCCAUGGUUUUCCCCAGGAAGAGGUCAUGGUCCUGACGGUUGCUUCUGACCUGGUCAUUGUUCUGAUGUGGGCUGGUGCCCAGUCAGGGAGAUGAAGUGGCGAGGACGUCCAGCAGCAGCUCCCAUCGUUGUCCGAUCAUUGAGUCACCACAUAUGUGAGACUUUUCAUGGUCCAUCUGUGGGUUUUGUGGAAUCUCCUGGGCAGCUUUUGCUGCAGGGAACUUGAGAUCCAUUUGUGUGUUCCACAAUGCUUCGACUCUGAUUGAAUAUGAAACAUCCUCAAUGCUCUCAAUGGAUGAGUGUAAUCUGCGGUUAAGUCAGUGUCAAUGCGCUGUCUGCUGGCUCUUAAUCUGCGCUGACGUGGCUUCUAAUAUGUUGUGCUGCAAGUGUAUUAUCCUCAUUUUCAGAUGAACACAUCACUGAUCCCAGCCGGAGGGGAGACGUUAACCCCUCGUGCCGGGGCCCGGCAGAAACGCUGGAUUUAAUCAGAGCAUAAAAAUGUAAUCCCGCGCCCACCUCAAGGUCUCACCCCGCUUGUCUCCCUGCCUCCUCACCUCCUCUGGUUUCCAGUGGAGCCCAGCGCUGUCCCUCAUGCUCAGCCCUGGCUCCUCCCUCUCUUUCACUGCCUCGGCUCCCUCCCUCUUUGCGUGGAGAGCUCAGCAGUGAACGUUAAUCCAGGAUUGUGCUGCCCUGCCGUCUGCAUCCCGUUGUUGCUGGGAAAGCAUGGCACGGCUCCAGGACCCCUGCGCUCACCCAGGAGAGCAGUGAACCAACCAGAGAGCACGAGAGAGGAGAGCCACACUCGCUUCAGCACUGUUGAGCGGCUCUUCACUGACUUUCAAUCCCGCUGGCAGAAGAAGAAGGGAGAGACGGGAGGAUGUGUCGCAGCUGUGGAUGCCAAUGAGUGAAGAAACCUUAAUCACCUUCUGGGAUCCUCCACGACGCUCUGCCCGCUGCUGCUGCCGCCGCUACUCUCAAGAGGGAUUAAACUUUUUUGUGAUCUCCUUCUGGCACGUCUGAGAAUCUCUGCCAUGGAGUCUCCGACCAAAGAGAUCGAGGAGUUUGAAAGCACAGCUCUGAAGUAUCUCCAGCCGGAGCAGAUAGAGAAGAUCUGGCUCAGGCUCCGAGGACUGCGGAAGUACAAGAAGACGUCGCAAAGAUUACGAUGUCUGGUGAAGCAGCUGGAGAGAGGAGAAGCUUCCCUCGCUGACCUCAAGAAGAACCUGGAGUAUGCAGCAUCUGUGCUGGAAUCAGUUUACAUCGAGGAGACCAGGCGCCUGGUCGACACCGAGGAUGAGCUCAGCGACAUCCAGUCGGAGUCGGUACCGUCGGAGGUCCGGGACUGGCUGGCGUCCACCUUCACUCGCCAGAUGGGCCUCAUGCUGCGACGCAACGAGGAGAAGCCUCGCUUCCGCAGCAUCGUGCACGCCGUUCAGGCGGGGAUCUUCGUGGAGAGGAUGUACAGACGGACCUCCAACAUGGUGGGGCUCAGCUACCCCCCCUCCGUCAUAUCUGUGCUGAAGAACGUGGACAAGUGGUCGUUCGACGUGUUCGCCCUGAACGAGGCCAGCGGGGAGCACGCGCUCAAGUUCAUCUUCUACGAGCUGCUCACCAGAUACGACCUCAUCAGCCGCUUCAAGAUCCCCAUCUCUGCUGUGGUGUCCUUCGUGGAGGCUCUGGAAGUGGGCUACAGCAAACACAAGAAUCCCUACCACAACCUCAUACACGCCGCUGACGUCACCCAGACCGUGCACUACCUGCUGCUCAAGACCGGCAUGGUGCACUGGCUGACUGAGCUGGAGAUCUUUGCCAUGAUCUUCGCGGCGGCCGUGCACGACUACGAGCACACGGGGACGACAAACAACUUCCACAUUCAGACGAGGUCAGACACAGCCAUCCUCUACAACGACCGCUCGGUGCUGGAGAGCCACCACGUGAGCGCCGCCUACCGCCUCCUGCAGGACGACGACGAGAUGAACAUCCUCUACAACCUGUCCAAGGACGACUGGAGGGAGCUUCGGGCGCUGGUGGUGGAGAUGGUGCUGGCGACCGACAUGUCCUGCCACUUCCAGCAAGUCAAGGCCAUGAAGAACUUCCUGCAACAGCCCGAGGGUAGCAUCGACAAGCCCAAAGCUCUGUCUCUGCUGCUGCACACUGCCGACAUCAGCCACCCGGCCAAGAGCUGGGACCUGCACCACCGCUGGACCACCUCGCUGCUGGAGGAGUUCUUCAGACAGGGGGACAAAGAAGCAGAGCUCGGGCUGCCGUUCUCGCCGCUGUGUGACAGGAAAUCCACAAUGGUGGCGCAAUCUCAGAUCGGCUUCAUCGACUUCAUCGUGGUGCCUACCUUCACGGUGCUGACGGACAUGAUGGAACGCAUCGUCACACCGCUCAUCGAGGAAGCCUCCAAUUCCGGCUUCGCCGGCUUCCGUCGCUCGAGCCUGAACAGCAUUAGCUCGGACGAAACCAAGAGACACAGUGUGAAGAGCACGGCCUCCGACAGCUGCUCCUCCGGGCACAGCUCUCUUCUCACGGUGGACAUGAAGAACUUCAAGGCCUUGUGGAACGAAGAAGUUUACCAGAACAAGGAGCGGUGGAAGUCUCAGGCGUCUAAAGAAGCUGAGGAGAGAGCCAAAAGGGAGGCGGAGGAACGAGCCCAGCAGGAGGACUCCAUGGAGUCCAAGGAGGUCCGUGAGGAGUCGAAAGAGCCAGAAGAGGAGGAGAAGCAGGAGGAGCAAGUGGCUGACUCCGAGGACGUCAGCGGGUCAGCUGACAGAAACACAGAAGAAACAGAGCAGGAAGUGCCGCCUGGAACCAGCGCGCUCAGCAGCGCGCCGCUGCAGAACGGAGAGUUGUCUGAAGAAACCGAGUCUCCGGACUGUGCAGAGAACCCGAAGACGGCGCCUGACGGUGAGUGGAAGUUUCUCCUCCGCUCGUAAUUAAGUUGAGACGAGCAGAUGAUAAUGAAGUUGUCAUCCAAGUUCUAUUUCCGGAUCCACCUGCCGCGGAGAAACAAGGACGUCAAAGCAAAUGGAUUCAUGAGAUGCUUGACAGGCUCGUGACAUGUUUGGAUUUGCUCUCCAUAUACAGCAGUCAUCCAAAUGAAGGUCUGACGGGAGUGGUCCUCCGAACAGAUAUAAACGCGUCAGAAGUGGUGUGCCACAGGGGUCGGCCCUCGGCCCGUGUCGUCCGACCUGUCCGCAGCUCGGUCCUCAUUAAUACGACUCAGUCAGGCUUACGUUGAUCCAGCAAAACGAGGUUCCGAUGUGACAGUUGAAUAGAACUAAUGAAUUUGUUUCACAUGAACGUCUGAAGUCUCACGUGAGCAUUAUGUCUGAGCUUCUGUUGACCAACUGCUAUGCAUCCAGCGCUGGCUUUAUUCAAACCGUCGUGACAUUGUACAGACAGGAGACGGCGAAUUCUGGAGAAGGAACGUCGGAAAGGUCACAUUUAUUUGGUGCAUCUACACUGGGAAUCAGCGCGACCUGGUGACUCUGAAGAGCCAUGAGAAGGAAGGGGAGUUUGGAGAAGUUGGGAGGGAGUCUCUGAUGGAUGUGAAGUUCAGCUACUGAGAGCCAAACAGAGGCGAGGUUGGAAGGCAGAUCCACCUCCAGUGAAAAACAGGGCAGAAAAAAAUAAUGCAGCCAGAAUAAAGGACAACAGUGAGCGAUAAUCUCUGUUGGAAAAUAAAAAAGAAACAUAAAACAUAUGGUUAUAACAGUGAUGAGUGCUCUGACAUAUUCCAUCUUUUCUCCCUGAAAACCAGAGGUGAGGAUGGAAUAAGGACGCCGCUCGUCCACUUGGGCGCACGCGGAGGGAAGCGCCUUCAGUUGGACUCUGUCGCCCUCUGCCGGACAACCAAGACACACCACUCCCUCCUCCUUCGCUCGACUUUUCCUUGUGUGUGCAGAACUCUACCCAUGUGCAUUAACACUUUUUCGCGACAUAGAAGAUUAUCUAAAUUUACCUCAGCACAGGUGAGGAUGAAGAGGUGCCUUCGUCGGCUGCUCUGCUUUUAUUUAUCCAGUCUGGGAGGAGAAGAUGGACCGGCACGAGGAGAGCUCCAGUCGAGCUUUUGUUUAGCAGCAAUUCUCCUUAAACAGUCUUCACUUUACUAAGAUAAUCUUCUAUGAUUCCUCGUGCUUUCUUCGCAGUUUUACCUCGGUCGUGGCUCAAGGUGUCGGACGCCCCUGAGGUCCAUGUUGGGCGGCUCCUCUGCUCCUCUUAGCCUCGUCCGGAGUCUGGGUCAAUUCGGACCAACUUGUAGCAGCACAUCCAGAGACCUGAUCCCAGGCUACUGUUUUUCCAGGUCUGACCUCAGAGACUUGUGGCCGGGGGUCGGCCUCCAGAGAGCUCAACAUGGAUCUUCUCCGGGGGCGAGUCCUCCAUCUUUGGCCGCGACCCGAAGCGUCGUGUGUUCCUCACUGCCUGAUGUUGUUGUACAUAGUGAAGAUUUCUACUGCAGGUUUGGACAUAUGUAAGAUACUGACGGCGGAGAAUGUCCACCAAUCACAAGGCUCCCGCGUGGAGGUCUCGUGCUAUAUCUUUUUGUAAGGUCCCCGUUGGUCCUGCAGUGGUCACAUGUCUUUGCUCUGGAUGCCUUCUUCUGUUUCAGCCGUAGCAAAGAUGUCGUCGUCCCAGAAGACCGCGCUCAUGUGUGGUCGGGCUUCUCGGCGGCCGCGUGCUCGUGUUAGCCUGUUAGCUUCCCCGGCGGCCGAGUCUGUCUCUGCUUCUUGGUUCUGAACGUCCGUCGCACCUUUGUGAAUAUUGACUCUGUGCAUAUGUAAAUAGGACGCGCGGCUUCUGCUUUGGGUCUGGGUGUGCCAGGGGAGGAGCGUUCGACAGUAUUACCGUGACCCCCCGCGCUUCUUGCUCCCUCUCCGGACCAGUUAGACGUUUGUCCGGGACUCGUGGUGCCAACGCCAGGCUCGUGAUGACGGGCGUUUUAAAGGGGUCAUAGAACAACACACCUGUAAACGUGUCUGAAGAGAGAGGGGGAAUUAGGAAUGUGGGUUGUGUUUUAUUGUGCCUUUGUCUCUGUGUGUGUUAGUCGGGCCCCACAAGGUAACUGGCUUUCACUUUGGUUCCGAGUCCUGGCUCAGGUGAGCCGUGUGUUUUGGAGGGUUAGGUUUAGAGGGAGAGGCUGGGGAAAGGGUGAUGGCCAGGAGAGGUCCCCACUAGUUAGUUCAACCAAAGUGUGCGUGUGUUUUGCCAGACUUGUGAGUAGCAAGUCUUGACAUUUUGGCCGGUCCUCACAAGGUUUAGAGGGUUAAAACCGCAGUAAAAGUAGUUCAUUCCAACUGGGUUCCAGUCUGGUUCAGAGUCCUGAGACGUCAUGUGUUUAGGAUGGUGAGGUUCAGGGGGAGAGGCUGGGGAACAGACCUGUGUGUGUGUGUGUGUGUGUGUGUGUGUCUGUGUGACUGGAAUCUGGCCUUCCUACUAAAAUAAAAAAAAUCCCUUCAGAGUUUUUAAACACGCCGUUGAGUCACUUCUAUGGCCUCUUUAAAACCAUCACAGCGACUGCAAAUGCUGCGGACUAGAGGAGAAAAUGUGAGAUGAUAUUUUACUAAAUGAAUAGAAGUAUGAUUUUCUCAGCCUUUCUUUUUCUUACAAAGCCACUUUUCUAUGACAAACAAAGGCGUCGCGCAGAGAUGGGUCCGUGCGACUUUCUACCUGAUCUGGCCGGCGGUUGCGAGUCUGCUGGCUUCAGUGUGCCUCUCUCCACGUCUCUCACCUGUAGGAACCUUUGUGAUGUCAAAAGACUCACCCAGCAUCUUCCUCCACCAACACACUUGACUUUCGUGACAGAAACCUUCGUCUCUUUGUGAUGUUGUCGUACUUUAAACUGUAAUUCCGUGCUGCUUAGUGAUUCUUUUCUCCCCGUUUCUAUCAUUUUCUACUCGGUGAUUGUCUUUUUUUUUAAGGUUUUCUUUGCAGGUUAGCUUGACAGGUAGAGCAGCCACAACCCUGACGCCUGGUUCUCGCUACAGAUGAACGUGUUAGGGACCAAAACACUUGUAUAGUCUGCUCAGUCUUCACACGCUGCAGUUGAACCACACACUAGCGAUCACUUCUUGACAUGGUGCAACUAUGAAACUGCUCAUUUGUUGUUUGUAUGUUGCUUUUACUUCCCUGUUUAGUCUGUGUACGCCGAACUGUAACGUGCUGUCAGAUGGAUGUGUGAGUGUUGGUGCGCUGGAAAAUACUUCUGAUCUCUUCACUGUGACCUGCUCCGUUGAGUGUGGACGUGUGGAGUGUGCGUGCGUGCAUGUGAGGCAGGAAGCGAUGCAGUAGAAUGUCACGAUGGUCUCGCCAACAAAGUUCUCAUUUUCACUGACAAGCUAACAAAACAUUGAGAUCAAAUUUUCAUUCCGCCGUCAGGAUCCUGACAUUCGACUGCAUCCGGACUGAAUGGAUGAUGAGGGAAGUGUGUGCGUGCGAGUGCAUGAUCGUGCAUGUGUGUUUGUGCGUGUCACGACUCCAUGCCGGCCGAGCGGCCGUGUGUGCCACCAUGCUAUGUGACUGCACAGGCGAAUCAAUAAAUUUGAACUUAAAGGGCUCAGAUCACGUUUCUGUCUUCUUUCUUCCCAAGUAGGUUCUCAGGCUCCUCUGUGGGUCAAUAGGUCAGCUGGGUUUUGGGUUCAUGCAUCGGAGGAUUUAUUUACUGACCGAUUCAUUUGAAAACGAUAAAAUGACAUGUUUUCGUCUUCACUUGCUGGUCAUUAAACCGUGUCCCCGGAAGUGAUAGUUGGGCUACGAACGCCUCCUCGAGGGCCGCUAAAAGGUUUUUUGUUUUACACGUUUCAGCCGUGAGAUGCUCACGUAUGGUGGCAGUAGUGAGUCACUGAAUUGACUUGACAGCUGCAAAUCUGUGACCAACUAUGGAGAAGUUCUUGAAAGGAAACAAUGAUGA